CUCUCUUUCUUCUGUUGAUAGUGUUUCCUCCUUUCUGUGGUCUCAUGAGGCAUGAACAGGAGUGCCUACCAUUCACAUGACAGUGGAUUAAACCUGGAUAUGUGUGCGUCCAAAAUAGCACCCUAUUCCCUAUAUAGUGCACUUCUUUUGACGAGAGUCCUAUGGGCCUUGGUCGAAAGUAGUGCACUAUAUAGGGAAUAUGUGCCAUUUGGGACACAAUUUAUGUGCUGAAUACGUGGCUUUAUUAUGUGCACAGAACUGCAUGCUGGGAUUGGACCAGGAUCAAGUAUGGAUUGGCUCCCAGGAUUCCAUCAUUUACAUAAUUGACACUCGCAGCAUGUCCUGCAAUAAGCAGCUGACAGAYCACAGGCAUGAGGUUAUGGACUUUGCCCUGGAGGAGAGUGACAAGAUGAGCCAGACAUACUCCUGUAGUGCCGAUGGAACAGUCAUUCUGUGGGACCUCUCAACGCUAAAAGUGAAAAAGCAGUUUCAACUGGCCUGUGAUUGGCUUAUGUCCAUUCAGCUCUUCAAUGGAACACUGUGGUGCUGUGCCAGAGACGGCAUCAUUGAACUGAGGAAGGACGGAACCCCACAUCGUAAGAUGACACUUCCUGAGGAUCUACGGAGCAUGCCCACUGAGUUCAGCAGCCUCAUCCUCUUCGUAGAGAGGGGCCAGUUGUGGACGAGCUGUUCUGAUUCUGACGAGCUCUGUCUCUGGCACUGUAAAGACCUGACCAAGCCUUUCCUGAGGGUGCAGCUGCAGAACUGUACAGGGGUCAACUGUAUGAUCAAGGUUAAGAAUCAGAUCUGGGUUGGCUGCAGCGGGCCGAGCCCUGACCAAUGCAGGGUGAGUGGGAAGAUCUACAUAGUGGACACAGAGAGCCACAGUGUAGAGAAAGAGCUGAUGGCCCACACAGACAGUGUCCAGGCACUGUGCUCUGCAGAGGGCCGCUAUGUACUCAGCGGCUCCGCCUGCCAGGAUGGCAAAAUCGCCAUUUGGAAGGUUGAGUAGAGGACGAGUAGCCUGGUCCAGUAUCUGUCCAGUAUCUGUUUGUGUGGUUUUGCCAACUCUUUUAAGUGAAUAAAAUGUUUGGCACAACAAUGACAGGAGUUUCCUAAACAGCAGAAACUACCUUGUUCAAAAAUCCUGGUGAGGACCCUGCUAUUCCCUAUAUAGUACACUACUUUUGACCAGGGCCCUAUAGAGAAUAGGGUGCCAUUAGGGACGUGGCCAGUGAGGCUCAGGGAUGAUCAUGAAGAACCCUGUCAUCCUCUMUUCUCUUUAAGUUGGGGUCUGCCUGUAUAUACUGGAUGAUGAUGAUGUAAUAGCAUUUCUCUGACUGUUUCACAACGUUUUGAUUUAUUUCACUAACAAUAUUCUGGAUACACUAAAUGUCUUCUUUCAGAUUCAUAUUUCUGCCUCACCCUUGUCUUAGCUGUCACAUACAAUAAUAAAAUG